CACUCUUUUGCCGAUUCCUAGGGGCAACGACCACUUCCUUGGCUUUGAAGUUUUCAAGAAAACCUUGGCCUUUGUUCAUCUCUCUCUUUGUCUCUGCCUUCGUGGGCAAACACACUACGUCCUCGUAAUCCACCAAAACUCCCGUCGUUGCUAAUUCCGUUGACCCAAUCCUCGUCCCUUUCACCGUCCACCCUUUCCAAAUUGGAUCAAGACUUCCAUAUUCUUCCUUGCUUUGCAGACACAAUCAUCCCUUACAGGCCUUUCACGAAUCACACAUCGUGCAUGGUUUCCAGAGGGGUCUCUCUCUUCAUUCCCAUGCAGCGUCACCAGCUUCCCAAUCCUCGUCCUUUUUCAUCCAGUGAUGAUGAUUGAUUUGCAUGAGCUUCUGUGGGGCUUCUCUGUUGUCUCUCUGGUGCUGUUCUUGAUCCGAAGGCUCCGGAGCCUGAUGAUGUCUGUCGCUGUUGGGCACGAGUCUUCGGCGUUCCCGGCGUCUCCCGGUCCCCUGCCGUCGCUUGCCAAGGUCCUCGCGGCAUGGAGAGGGCCGUCCCCGGCUUCUCCGAGCUUCCGGCCUGAAACCCUAGAAAGCCUAGCUUCCACAAAGGGAGAGAUAUCGAUCCUCAGGAACGGGAGCGCCCCUAGAGAAGGCGAAAUCUCCCACGCCGAACCGGAAGAUUCACAGGACGAAUCGCAUCCAGCGAAAUAUGAUGAUUUGUUGAGGCACGAGCAAUGUAGAGAAGUGCGUGAAAAAGGUAUGCACGAUGUAGGUGCACACGAGAUUGAUUCCGAGGCCAUGUCAGAUGUCCCGGCUUUAUCGGUGGAGAAAGUGAUUGCCGGCGAAAAGGGGAGUGCUAACAAGCUCAGGAAGAGGCCGGCGAGGCUUAUUUUGCCGGAGAAUUUCCCGGUUCUCGAAUUGGGCUGCGAAAGGUCGAAGAAGAGAGAGAACAAGGAGUUUGAGAUUGAGGGAAGAGAUUACUGUUUGGCUAGCAAGAAAGGGAGGAGAGAUGUAAUGGAGGACAGGUAUGGAGUCACGGUCGAUGUCGCCGGAGAUCCCAAGCAGGCGUUCUUCGCUGUGAUAGACGGACACGGAGGCCGAGCCGCGGCUGAUUACGUCGCUGAAAAUCUAGGAAACAACAUCCUUAGAGAAGUCGAAACCCGGGGGAAGGAAAGAGGUUCUCUAGAAGGGGCCAUUCGCAAGGGCUACUUGGUCACAGACAAGGAGUUUCUCAGUCAGGGUGUAGCUAGUGGAGCUUGUGCAGCUAGUGUGCUGCUGAAGGAUGGGCAUUUACAUGUAGCAAAUGUAGGUGAUUGUAGGGUAGUUCUAUGUAGGAAAGGAGUAGCUGACACAUUGACCAGAGACCACCAGGUUAGCCAAGAAGACGAGCGCCUCCGGAUCGAGAACUCGGGCGGCUUCGUACAUAGCCGUAACGGGGUGUGGAGAGUACAUGGCUCUCUAGCAAUUUCUAGAGCAAUCGGGGACUCGCAUUUGAAAGAAUGGAUAAUUUCCGAGCCAGAGAUUAAGAUGUGUCAGAUAACACCGGACUGUGAGUUCAUCGUCAUGGCCUCAGAUGGAUUGUGGGACAAGGUCAGUGAUCAAGAAGCAGUUGAUCUGGUGUCCAAACAGAUCAACUUGCAAGAAUCUUGCAAGAAGCUUGUGGAACUAGCUUGUUCCAGAGGCAGCAUGGAUGACAUAACCGUGAUGCUCAUCAAUCUUCAGAACUUUCGUUCCUGACAGCCGCUUCCGGCUCAAAUUAAAACGUCGAUCCACAACAAGCUGGAGGAAGCAUCACGCACAUGUCUUUGUCCUGGAAGGACCGGAUGAAAUGUCACGCACCUCGCGAGUGGGCGAGUAAUACUGCAUGAUACAGUUUUGCAAGCAGCAGCGUGUUUAAGUGUAUAUACGGAGAGUUCUAUACUAUGAAGAAUGCUAGUUUGGACUGCAAAUCAGGAGUAGAUUCACAUGCCUUCCCCCAGAGAACAUGCAGAUGUAAAAUUAAAGUGGAUUUCACAUUCCUUUCGUUACUUCAAUUGUCAUCGUUCUCUUGCAAAUUAAGCCCGCCCCAUCUUUGGAAUUUGUACUUGGAAUGAUGUAUUCUUUCCACUGAAUUCGUUUCUAAUCCUCAAAUUAGUGAUUGGCUC